AUGGCCUCUGAUGACUCUUCAGAUCUCUCCUCGGUACCGUCUGAGGAUGAAAGCUUACAAUUAACGAAAAAAGAUGGCAUUCUCAAAUUCUUCUCCAAAGCCCCGAAACCCACUGCAGCACGGAAAGUCGAGGCAUCUCCACCGCGACCAAAGAGAGAACCAUCACCACUUCAUGAAUAUGUUUUAGCAGAUAACACAGAUAUCGCUUUUAUCGUCAUGUUCCGUGCCCGGUUCACUGAAGCGUUUCCAAAAUCCCUACCCAACUUUGGACCCCAAGAAUUAGAGCAAGCAAUUGUCGAUACUGCACCUGGAGAUCAUGCGGAACAAUUCCUUUGCGCAUUGUUGGGACUUCUUUUAAACAGAAAACAGGAUGUAAAAGCCGGACAUUAUAGCCGCGCUCUCGAGGAGGCUGUUCAAACGCAUAAACUACAAUGGGCGAAGGAUUGGGAAAGCAAGAAUCCUCUUUCUGGGGGAGCUACGUUCACUUCCAUGUCUCCUACAGAGCGGCUUACUCUUUUACGCACGCUCAUUAUCUGGUCCUUAGCCUCCUCCGAUGUGGUUAAGGGCAUAAUCACAGUAUCCUACAAGCAAAUCCGCCACGAAGAUGAUCUCAACCAACCACUUUCUGUACAGCCCUGGGGAUCAGAUGCCGAUCGACGCCGUUACUAUCUUAUUGAAGGUCUGGAUGAUACACACUUCCGAGUUUACAGAGAGAGCAAUCAUACUGGUGUGAAGAGAACUUGGUGGAGCGUCGCAAGUGAUAUAGAUGAGUUGAAAUCAUUAGCAGAGAAGCUAGUCAAGGACGAUGGUGGUCAGAAAGCCAGAACGUUGAGUGGAAAAAUGCUUGCAGCUAUUCCACGGUUUGAAGCAACUGAGGAAAAACGAAAGAGAAGAGAAUAUCGGCAAGCUCGCAAGGAGCAAUUCAAACGUCCGGAACCAAACUUCUCAAUGUAUGAAGGUCGUACUCGAGGAAAGCGCAUGAAGUACACUUAUUCAGAUGAUGACGAAGAGGAACUUUCUGAUACUACCGGAUCCCGCCGUUCUACUCGGAAUACUGUUAACCAUACACCAGCUGAGCCAGCGGGGCCUACUGUCACAUUAAGUGGUCGUCAGGUCAGAUCUCGCGUCAUUGGAGCCUAUGGUGAAAGUGCUCUUAGUGGAACGCAUGCUCCUGCCGAAAUUCAUGGAGAUAUCGAAUUAGGUGAAGAGUCGGAAGAAAUGACCUCUAGACCACGCCGUGCUGGUGCUUCCAGCCGCAGUCGUAAUAUGGCAUCUAUUGGAAAGCAUAUCGAAGGAUAUAAUUCAGUGGACGAAAUGGACGAUGAUGAGGAAGACGAUACUAGUGAACAAGACUAUGGCGAUGACGAAGAAGACGACGAUCAAGUCUCUAUAGCAAGCGACAUCGACAAAGCGGAAGAGGAUACUGAUGGAAAUGAAGACUUGAAGGAACACGAUCACGAGAAGAAGAGUUUAAUCGUCAAGCUCCCCAUCAAAACUCCAACCCCGGAGAAAAAGACUACAAUCAAACUCCACUUGAGCCCACAGUCCAAGUCAAACUCGGAUAACAUGGUCCCUCGAAAAGACCCAAGCCCAAAUGCAUUCAUGGAAGCCAAUAGUGAGGAGAAGCCUCAGCAACCUGUCUUAUUAAAAUCCGAUAACAAAACUAAUACCAUCUCCAUCUCGACAAAAUCUAUCCCGACUCCACUGUCGCCUUCUCUGACAUACCGUGGUAGUCCUGAGAAAACCUCCACUCUGCCGCCAUCUAUCAAUGUUGGUUACAGUGGUUCUUGA